GUGAUUUACAUAAACUUGAUAAGGAGCCCACUACCCAUUCGCAGAGCCUUGAAGGGUCAAACAGCUAUCUCCCUUAUCUGCUUAUCGGCCUUCGGUUCGGUUGAUUACCUACCGAGAUGGGCAGGCUAUCACGAGAAUUUUCACACCAGGUCCAUAAUUUAUCAUGUUAUUCCCGGUUUUUAUUCUGGAGCGGUAUCGGGGACUUUUUAUCACGUUGAAUUUUCUGACCGUAACAUGAUUGUGACAAGCCAUUUAACAUUGCGAUACCGCAGUUUCCUCACCGUGAAUUCGUUGUUUGUUAAAAUUGAGUGAAAAUGGCUGAAAAAACACCCCAAACUGAUGAGAACAAUGGCGAGACCAUGUUCAAACCAAUUAAUACACUACGUCGUGAACCAACGAGGUCGGAGAUGCAAGAUCUUGAAAUCAUCGCUUCAGCAGGCGCGUCUUUCCGACCCGGCGACAUCCCCCCUCCGCCAGACGGAGGCAUUGAAGCAUGGACACAAGUAGCAAUGGGCUGGAUCGUCAUCUUCGCAACAUGGGGCUACGUCAACUCCUUUGGAAGUUUCCAAGCACACUACACCUCCACUCUCCCCCAAUCACCCUUCCAAAUCUCCUGGAUCGGCUCGAUUCAAGUAUGGUUCACCUUCUUUGGUAGUGCAUUCUCUGGAAGGUUGCUAGAUGCUGGGUUUUGGAUCCCCACGUUUCUCGUUGGCGCGGGACUGCAGCUCAUUGGGAUUUUCAUGAUGAGCUUGUCGACUUCUUACUGGCAUCUUAUGAUCACGCAGGGCGUUGUCACUGGUAUCGGUGGGGGUAUCAUCUUUGCGCCGUCGUUGGCGUUGGUGGCGACGUAUUUUGAGAAGAGGAGAGGUAUUGCUAUUGGACUUGUGACGACUGGUAAUUCUCUCGGUGGUACUGUUUAUCCUCUUGUUGUUCGGGCGCUUCUUCCUAUUAUUGGAAUGCCGUGGACGUCCAGAGUGUUGGGGUUUAUUAAUUUAGCUGGAUUUAUACUCGUGGCUAUUUUCAUGAGACCAAGGCUGCCACCGCGACAGACCGGACCUAUUAUCGAUUGGAGUGCGUUCAAGGAUACUCUAUACGUAUCGUAUGUGGGCGGGUUGUUCUUCUUUGUGUGGUCCGUGUAUUAUACCUUCUACUACCUUGCUUCGUUUGGCCAAAAAGAAAUUGGAAUGUCCUUCGCCGAUUCAUCACUCAUCACCACCAUAAUCAACGCCGUUGGUCUCCCAACCCGAGUCCUAAUCCCCGUCCUCGCAGAUAGAAUCGGCCCGCUGAACACCAUCGCCCCAGCAGCUCUUUGCGUCGCCAUAGUUGCAUAUACAUGGGUUGCAGUUCACGACGUGGCGGGCGUUUACAUAUUUUCGAUCUUCUACGGAAUUGCAUCUGGCGCCUUUCAAAGUCUCAUGCCCACCGGAGUCGCCAGUAUCACAAAGAGACUUGAUACCAUCGGCACGAGAAUGGGCAUGUGUUUUAGUCUUGUCUCUUUUGCGGGUUUGUCUGGACCGCCUAUUGGGGGAUUACUUCAGGAUCGGAGUCUUACUGGGGCUCAUAUAUGGGCUGCGCUUUCGAGUACACUCUGCGCGGUACUGUUGGUGCUCGCGAGGGUGUUGAAGGUUGGUUGGAAGGUUAAGACUAGAUGUUAGACUCCGUAUGGCGGCUAAAAGCUCAGGCAUGGCUCAAUGUUGGACGAAACUACAUGGAUAUUCUCAAUAAUCUAGCUAGACUAAUACUUAAUCGAAAUCAUAGAACUUCCAUCCAG